AUGGCCCGCACCAAACAGACCGCCCGUAAGUCCACCGGAGGAAAGGCUCCUCGUAAGCAGUUCGCCAACAAGGCUGCUCGUAAAUCUGCACCAUCCACUGGUGGUGUCAAGAAGCCCCACAGAUAUAAGCCUGGUACCGUCGCUCUCCGUGAGAUUCGUCGCUACCAGAAGUCCACCGAGCUUUUGAUCCGCAAGCUUCCCUUCCAGAGACUUGUUCGUGAGAUCGCUCAGGACUUCAAGUCCGACCUCCGCUUCCAGUCAUCCGCCAUCGGUGCUCUUCAGGAGUCCGUUGAGGCCUACCUCGUCUCUCUGUUUGAGGACACCAACUUGUGUGCUAUCCAUGCCAAGCGUGUCACCAUCCAGUCCAAGGACAUCCAGCUCGCUCGCCGUCUCCGUGGUGAGCGCUCUUAG